GGUAUGCAACAUAAUGAUUCGAUAUUUGUAUAUGUUGAGAAAUGAUCAUACUGCCAGUGACAUCUGAGCCUCUCAAGACAGGAAGCUCUCUGGGCUGAGCGCUGGAGGCCCCGGAUCCGCAGGGAAGAGGCAACCUGGGAAGCAGUGAUGAGCCGUCCCGACUCCAAGCCGAACCUCUGGCCCCUGGGGACUCCCAGAGGUGUACCCUCGGGGGUUGGCCCACAUGGUGUUGGCGCUUCGCCAGGUGACAAAAAGUCAAAGAACAAGCCCACACGAGGGAAGAAAAAGAGCAUAUUUGAGCCCUACAUGUCCAAGGAGGAUGUUUCAGAAGGCUUGAAGAGAGGAACACUCAUCCAGGGUGUCUUGAGAAUUAAUCCAAAGAAGUUUCACGAAGCCUUCAUUCCUUCCCCGGAUGGUGACCGGGACAUUUUCAUCGAUGGGGUUGUUGCUCGUAAUAGAGCCUUGAAUGGGGAUCUGGUGGUUGUGAAGCUGCUUCCUGAAGAACAGUGGAAGGUAAUUAAGCCCGAGAACGGUGAGAGAGAGACAGAAGGCGCUGAUGGAUUAGACCUCCCCGAGGAGCUCCGCGGCGGCCCUCUCCCGCCCCGGCCCCCGAAGGGCGACAGCGACGGCCCUGAUGUCAUCCUGGAGGCACAGUUUGAUGACAGCGACCUCCAAGAUGGGCCCUGCCACACACAGCACGAGCUCGUUGACGGCGUCAAGAAGCUCGCGGUCUGCGGGCCCGACGAAGGAAAAGAUGUUACUGGAGCAUCUGUUACAAAAGAGGAGACCCCCUCCACAUCCCAGGAUGCCAGAGCUUUACGGGAGAAGCCCCUGCAAAGAUCAGCAAAGGUGGUUUACAUCACGGAGAAGAAGCACUCGCGAGCAGCCACCGGCUUCCUCAAACUCUUGGCUGAUAAGAACAGUGAAUUGUUCAGGAAGUUUGCCCUGUUCUCGCCUGUGGACCACCGAGUGCCUCGCAUUUAUGUACCUCUCAAGGACUGUCCCCAGGACUUGGUGACGCGGCCUAAAGACUACGCCAGCACGCUGUUCAUCUGCCGCAUCGUGGACUGGAAGGAGGACAGCAAUUUCGCCAUGGGGCAGCUGGCCAAGAGCCUCGGGCAGGCUGGUGACAUCGAGCCCGAGACGGAAGGCAUCCUGACGGAGUACGGCGUGGACUUCGCCGACUUCUCUGCUGAAGUCCUAGGCUGUCUCCCCAAAGUCCUGCCCUGGACGAUCCCGCCAGCGGAACUCAACAAGAGAAGAGAUUUAAGGAAAGACUGUAUUUUCACCAUUGACCCUUCAACUGCCCGGGACCUCGAUGACGCCCUCUCCUGCAAGCCGCUCGCUGAUGGCACCUUUGAAGUGGGGGUUCACAUUGCUGACGUGAGCUACUUUGUUCCCGAGGGGUCCGACUUGGAUAAAGUGGCGGCUCAGAGGGCUACAAGCGUCUACUUGGUCCAGAAGGUGAUCCCCAUGCUUCCCAGGCUGCUGUGUGAGGAGCUGUGCAGCCUCAACCCCAUGACCGAUAAGCUGACCUUCUCUGUGAUCUGGACACUCACUCCAGAAGGCAAGAUCCUCGACGAGUGGUUUGGCCGGACUGUCAUCCGCUCCUGCACCAAACUGAGCUACGAGCACGCCCAGAGCAUGAUCGAGAGCCCGGCUGGGGAGAUCCCGGCGACGGAGCUGCCGCCCCUCUCGCCGGAGCACACCGGCGAGGAGGUGCACCGCGCUGUGCUGAACCUGCACGCCAUCGCCAAGGAGCUGCGCAGGCAGCGGUUUGCGGGCGGCGCGCUGCGUCUGGACCAGCUGAAGCUUGCUUUCACCCUGGACCACGAGACUGGACUGCCUCAAGGGUGUUACAUCUAUGAGUACCGCGACAGCAACAAGCUCGUGGAGGAGUUCAUGCUCCUGGCAAACAUGGCCGUGGCCCACAAGAUCCACCGCGCCUUCCCCGAGCGGGCCCUGCUGCGCCGGCACCCCCCGCCGCAGACCAAGAUGCUCCAUGACCUGAUGGAGUUCUGCAGCCAGAUGGGGCUGCCCGUGGACUUCAGCUCUGCUGGGGCUCUCAAUAAAAGCCUGACCGAAACCUUCGGCGACGACAAGUACUCGCUGGCCCGGAAGGAGGUGCUCACCAGCAUGUGCUCCCGGCCCAUGCAGAUGGCCCUGUACUUCUGCUCGGGGAUGCUGCGGGACCAGGCCCAGUUCCAGCACUACGCCCUCAACGUCCCGCUCUACACGCACUUCACCUCGCCCAUCCGCCGCUUCGCCGACGUCGUGGUGCACCGCCUCCUGGCCACCGCGCUGGGCUACAGGGAGCUGCCGGACAUGGAGCCCCACGCCCUGCAGAAGCAGGCUGACCACUGCAACGACCGCCGCAUGGCCUCCAAGCGCGUGCAGGAGCUCAGCACCGGCCUCUUCUUUGCCGUCCUGGUCAAGGAGAGCGGGCCCCUGGAGUCGGAAGCCAUGGUGCUGGGCGUCCUGAACCAGGCCUUCGACGUGCUGGUGCUGCGCUACGGGGUGCAGAAGCGGGUCUACUGCAACGCCCUGCCCCUGCGGUCCCACCACUUCCAGCGAGUGGGCAAGAAGCCGGAGCUCACCCUGGUCUGGGAACCUGACGAGCUGGAACAGGAGCCCGUGCAACAGGUCAUCGCCAUCUUCAGCCUGGUGGAGGUGGUGCUGCAGGCCGAGGCCACCGCGCUCAAGUACAGCGCCAUCCUGAAGCGGCCGGGCGCCGAGGGCCUGCGGGACGCGGCGUGAACUGGGGGCCACCGGCGGCCGCGCCCACCACUCACCUGGCCUGGCUUUUAGGAAUAGGACCUUUUGACACCAAAGGGGGUUUUUAAUUUGGAUUUUAACAACUCAGGGUUUUGUUUAAUUUUUUCAUUCUAUUUUAUUUUUGCAGCAGUUUUUAAACGAACUGGAGUGGGGUGGGAGAGGCUGGAGGGAAGGCCGAGGCAUGGCCAGCGCUGGCCAGAGCAGAGCGAUCCAGGCCCCGUAGGACAGUCCCGCCUGUGCAGGCCACCUACCGUCGAACCCUGCCCAGGAGACUCGGGGUCUCAGCGAAUCAGUGUCAUGGAGUAAAAUCAAGUGUGAAGCGCUGCCUGGUGUGUGGCCUGGCGGGAGGCUGGGUGGCGGGCGCCCCUUGGACCCAGGGCAAGGGGCCUGGCCCGCCCCACCCGCAGCCCACUGGGUCACACCCUCUGAAGACUUCCGGCUUCUUACAGAUCUGGCCGCCAGCGCCCGUUCUGACCGAUUGGAAGAGUAAUUUCUGGCCG